AUGCCCCCCUCGGUCGCUACUGGCUGGCUCGACCAGACUGAUUCAAUCGAUCGAAUGCAGCGUGAGACAACACCAAGAAAAUGCUGCGUUAGGGUGUCCGCGGAGGUGGUCCGUGGGAGGGCGGCCGCUCUCGGGAGCGGGCGAAGCAAGCGUGGUGCAGGGAGCUCUCGGCAGCGGGCGAAGGAAGCGGCUCGUCGGCCGAUUCGCUCCGGCACGCCGCGGGCGAAGGAAUCGGCUGGAGGAGGGGCAGCGAGCGGUGGUCAGCCGCGGCAGUCGACUGGCGUGCGGCUGGAGGAGGGAUUUGGCCGCAGCGGCGCAUUAGGCGGCGGUGCCGUGCAGCCGUGCUGGCCAGGGCAGGCUGCAGCAGUGCGUCAACGGAAGGCAAUUACAGAACACUGGUCACUUAAUCACUUGCUUUCCGCCACUGACAUGGAUUUUCGAAAGCAUCAACCUUCUGCUAGUGCAACCUCUAUUAGUAUGGUCCACCUGGAUUUUCCCAGCCAAAUUCUUGAGGACAUUGAUUCUGUGAAUCAAGUGAUGUCAGCAGAUUUUCCAUCGGAGGCUCCUAUUGAUAUUGAUAUGAGGGAACUUUACUUUCUCAUUAUGCAUUUUUUAUCACAUGGUCCAUUUAAGCGGGCCGCUGGAGAGCUCUGCAAUGAUCUUCUGGAGCAUCAGUUGUUACCUAGAAGAUAUCAUGCUUGGUAUUCACGUGGUGGUUUUCAUAGCGGCGAAGAAAAUGAUGAUGGUGUAUCGCUCCCUUUGGGUUACCUAAAGCUAGUUGAGAGGUACAAAUACGUUACUCUAUUUGUUUUGUCUUCUGGAGCUCGUAUUUCCUCCACCCUUCCUGAUUUGAAAGACUUGCACUCAAAUUGUUUUGGGAUCCGCUCCGGCUCCCGAGCUAGGGUUCCUCCCCGCCGCCGCCAGCCUCCCUCGCCUCCUUCCGCCGGCGCCGGCCGCCGGCGCGCGUCCCCGACCCGCCUCCCUCUCCUCCCCUCUCCUCCUUCCCCUUCGCCUACGUUCCUGUCGCCCCUCGAGGCGGCGGAGCGCCCCUGCCCUCCUCCCCGUCUCGAUCCCACUCCUCUCCUUCUCCCUUCGCUGCCGCCGGCAGCAGCCUCCGGCGUGCCCGGGUGGCAGCGGCAGCGGCGGAUGUCCCUUUCCCGCACGCCUGAAGGGGGAGUCGGAGCUCCCUUCUACCCGGCGGCGGUGCUGCUCGGCCGGCGACGGUGGGGCCCUAAAGCCACGGUGGACAUAGAAAUCUCUGGCGGCUCGUUCGCCACCGGCGCGGCUGCGCCCGUGGGCGUUGCCGGACCCUCCUGA